UUAAAUUUGAUUAUUAUUGCGCGCUAUAGAAAAGAUCGAUAAAUCGAUCUUAAUCGUUACUUGAUUUCAUGAUACGAAAAACGAUUUAAAUUGUAAACGGUAUUUACGAUCAGUGGCCACAAUAAAUCCGAUUAUUGAAAGUUGAAAUAAAGCGUAUUAAAGUUUGCAAUAAUAUUUAAUAGAGUUUACAUUCGAAAAAAGUAUUAAUUCAACAAAUAAUAUUAUUAAAAGAUAAUGGAUGAUAUUAUGAAUGAAAAUAUUGCCGAUUUAGAAAUUGAGGAAGAGGAAGUGUUAACAGCAGAGAAUGCACUUGAAGCAAUUGAAAAUGCAUGGCUUAAUGAAAAAUUUUCACCAGAAAUUCUACCACAUAAAUUUGAUCUUGUCGAUUGUAUGUUGCAGCAGAUAAGUCAUAUGGAAGAAAACAUGAAGAGGUUAGAAAGAGAUGAUCUACGCUUAGUGGUCCAUAGAAUGGAACUCGAUAGAAUACGAUUUCUUAUUUCUAGUUAUCUCAGAAUACGUUUAGAGAAAAUAGAGAGAUAUACUAUUCAUAUAUUGUCAGAGGAAGCUAGUAGAGAACCAGAUGAAGCUUAUUUAACACCAGAAGAACUUCGAUUUGCUAAGGAUUAUUUAGGCAGCGUUGAAAAUCUUUUUAAAACAGUGGCCUUACAACAUAUGCCCACCAACUUUCAAGGAUUUGAAAUAGAUAAAGUUAGCACCAAACCGAAUAUGCAAACUCAUGUUUUUUUAAGAGCUAACGAAAGAAUAACUGGUAUUGUUUUACCCGGUGUCAUAGAUGAGGAAAUAGACUUUGAAGCUGGCUCACAGCAUAUUAUCCAAUAUAAUGCUAUUGCUAAUCUAGUAAAAAGUGGUGCAGUGCAGUUAAUAUGAUUAAAUGACAAUUAAUUGAUUAGUGGAUGUUUGAGAGAAAUAUCAUACAAAUUUUAUUUUGAACGAUCGACGUUCGCUGUGGCUUCAUCAAGAAUUAAAAUUUUAUUAUUUUCUAUUAUAGCACGUGCAAGACAAAGCAAUUGCCUUUGUCCUGCACUAAGAUUGCUACCACUUUCACUUAUUUGAUGAUCUAAAGAAGUAAAUGCACUUUUUAAUUCUACUUCCUCCAUUGUAGCCCAUAAAGUAGCAUCAUCAUGUUUAUGAAAGGGAUCAAGGUUAUCUCGCAAUGAUGCAGAGAAAAGGACUGGAUCUUGAGGGAUUAUUGAAAUUUUAUUUCGAAGAUCAUGUAGACCAAUCUUCUUAAUAUUAAUUUCGUCUAUGUAAAUUAUACCAUUGAAUUCACACAAACGGAAUAAGGCUGAAAUUAAUGAAGAUUUACCAGCACCAGUACGUCCAACUAUUCCAAUCUGAAAAAAAAAUAUGAGUAAAAUUUACUUUACAGAAUACAUAAUUUAUCAAUAAAAGCAUAUAAUGUACCUUCAUUGCAGGUUGUAUAAUAAAAUUUAAGUCUUUUAAAACUGGUGGAUCAGAAUCAGAAUAUUGCAAAUACACAUGAUCAAAUUUAAUCUCGCCUUUAGUGGGCCAUUCAAGUGAUGGUUUAUUACUUGGAUCACUUGUAAAUGGACCUUCUUCAUCAAGCUUUGUAAAUUGUAAUACUCUCUCUACACUAGUCAUUUGUGCUAUUGCUUCUGCAGUUUGACGCAUACCAUGUUGUAACAUUCCACAUAAAAUGAGAACCUGUGAAAUAGCUAAACCCACAUUUCCAGCAAAAGUAUUCUCUGAAAUAUUGACAUAAAUGAUAAUGUAUAGAAAACCAUUAAAUUAAUAUAAAUGGAUGCAUAAAUAUUAUUCUAAUUGUGUCUAUUCUAAUAGAUAUUUACCAUUAUUAAAAAUAAUAAAACUAUAUGUAACAAAAGUCACAAACAAAACAGAAACUGUAUCAAGUGCAAAACCAAAAGCAGUGGCGG